GAAAGAGAGUUUGAUUUACGGCAAAUAUGUGUCCCAAUCUUGAUGACAGUCGUGAUUAAAGAAAGCAACAAAAACCAACGCUCAGCAGUUUAUGUGUCCGUGUUUCAGUUGAACAGUUAAUAUCUCGUCUCGCCGUGUGUGUCUGUUGUCUUCAGGACCGCUUCAGUCCGCAGCCGGUGUCAUGGAAACAGAGGAGCAGGCCAGGAACCGUUUCCAGUCAGAGCUGGAGUUCAUCCAGUGUCUGGCCAACCCAAACUACCUGAACUUUUUGGCUCAGAGAGGCGUCCUGAGGGAGCGACCCUUCAUCAACUACCUGAAGUACCUGCUGUACUGGAAAGAGCCUGAGUACGCCAAGUUCCUCAAGUAUCCUCACUGCCUCCACAUGCUGGAGCUGCUGCAGUAUGAACACUUCAGGAAGGAGCUGGUCAACGCUCAGUGUGCCAAGUUCAUCGACGAGCAGCAGCUGCUGCACUGGCAGCACUACUCCAGGAAACGCACCCGGCUGCAGCAGGCGCUGGCCGAGCAGCAGCAGCCCCAGCAGCAGCCACCGCCACAUGGGAACGCCACCGCCAAGUGAUGAUGUCACUGGAGGCAGUCGUGCAUGUAAAUUAAAGAUGAACAGCUUCUGGAGCGCUGCAGUUGCUGAUUGGAAGAUCCUCCAUUUUAAACACUGUAUUGCUGCAGUAAAAGACAUUUCUCCAUCGGAAUAAAUCACGUUGACAUUGUUGAUUCUCAGCUUGUAGUUCACAAACAAGAUUUUCUUCUAUUGACUAAGUUUAUGUUUUCAACAACCUGUGACUAAAAGAUCCCACAGUGCUCCUGAAACUUCACUGAGACUUCACUGGUGAAUAAGAAGCGGUGACUGAGAAACACUCACUGCAUUGUGAUUAACAAUAUAUGUGUGAAGGAUGAUGUUACAUGUGACAUUAAAGGUGCUGGAAGCUGGUUGUUAGUUUAUGUUAGCAGACUCCAUUUAUAAACUGAGGUUAGCUACUGUUGCUCUCUGUUAGCGGCACUGAGAGCGUGUAAUACCACUGAAUGACUUCUUGAUAUAAAGUCACAUCAUCUGGACUGUCUGAGGAAGUCUGACCUGAGUCCUUCUCUGAGAAAUCAACAGUCCAGCAACAUUCGACAGCUUCAAAUCAUCCACAGGCUUGUUUAGACAACUGAGAGAGAGACGUUGUGUUACAAUCUGCUCUCAUAUGUCUGAUAAACAAGUGAUUAAUACAUGUAAAUUACUACAAAUUGUUACAUAACGCCCCUUUGACAUUUUGAAAUCUUAACUGAAUUCAGUUCUUCAGAAUUUAUUCUCACAACGAAGCUGCAGACUGUAAUAUGAAGUUGUUAAGAGAAGAUCAGACAUUUACAGUUUAAAUGGAUGAAAACACAAAAUGCAGUGAAAACAUAUAAUGUGGCCGAUUCAACCGAGUCGCUGUUUGUA